UCUCAACCCCAACUGCUCCCAUUACAGUGAUGUGGGACUUAUAUGUUCAGGUCACACUCAGGCUCGGUUGGUGAACGGCUCUGACUCCUGUUCUGGUCGAGUGGAGCUCCAGUACCUCAGUGAAUGGGGCACAGUGUGUGAUAUAAGCUGGGAUAUGAGAGCUGCCAGUGUCCUCUGUGGUCAGUUGAAGUGUGGGAGUGCUGUGUCUGUGUUGGGGUCAGACUGGUUUGGGGAGGGGAGUGGCCAGAUCUGGGCUGAUGUGUUUGAUUGUCAGGGGAACGAAACACACCUGUCAAAAUGUCCCAUUUCAUCAUGGAGUCGAACUGCAUGCUCUCAUAAACAGGAUGCUGGAGUCAUCUGCAGUGGUUCCUCUCUGGCAUUUCAUGAGGGGCAAGUACGGUUGUCUGGAGGGAUGGAGUGUGAGGGGGAGGUGGAGGUGUACUUCAGGCAGGACUGGAGGAGAGUUCUGCUGGACUCCUGGAGUGAGUCUGAGGCCUCUGUGGUCUGCAGACAGCUGGGCUGUGGCUCUGUGUUCAGCUUCUCCAGCUCCUCUACAUCCAGUCCUGAACACAGUCACAUGUGUGUGACGGGUUUCAAUUGUUCUGGGAGUGAAGCUCAUCUGGGGAACUGCAGCAGCGCACAAGCAGUCAACUGCAGCUCCAGAGAACAGCUCUCAGUCACCUGCUCUGCUCACAGCUCCAUCAGGCUGGUUGGUUCUGGGGGAGACUGUGCAGGAAGGCUGGAAGUUUUCCACAGUGGCUCAUGGGGGACAGUGAGUGAUGACUUGUGGGAUAUUGAGGAAGCACAGGUGGUCUGCAGACAGCUGCAGUGUGGAGUGGCCCUCAGUGCUCUGGUACCAGCCCAGUUUGGACCUGGAGCUGGGCGCGUAUGGUUGAAUGAGGUAGAUUGUUUGGGGAACGAGACGUCCCUGUGGAACUGCAGAUUUCAGCUGUGUGGAGAGAAUGAAUGUGGACACAAGGACGAUGUAGGAGUCGUGUGCUCAGAGUUUAAAGAGUUCAGACUCACUGAGGGCUGUGAGGGGAAUCUGGAAGUGUUCUACAAUGGAACCUGGGGUAAUGUGUGUGGAAAUAGGAUGGAUGAAGAAACAGCAAGUUUGAUCUGUCAGGAUCUUAACUGUGGGAGAUUUGGCAGUGAGACGGCUGCCAAAGCAAGAGUGGAAUCAGCUCCUAACUGGCUGGAUGUGGUGAAAUGUAGGAAACAUGAUUCCACUCUUUGGCACUGUCCAUCUUCUCUCUGGGGACAGAACAACUGUAAUAAUCACAAUGAAGUGGCUCAGAUUACCUGCUUAGGAAAGGAAAAUCAUCUUGCACUAGAAAACCAUCUUAAAUGCUCCUCAUUUCUCCACCAGAGACAGUGCUCAAGUCACCUGCCUCUCAGGCUGAGGGGAGGAAAUGGAAGCUGCUCUGGGAGGCUGGAGGUGUAUCAUAACAGUGAGUGGGGGUCCAUCUGUGAUAAUCUGUGGGACAUCAAGGAUUCUCAGGUGGUCUGCAGGCAGCUGGGCUGUGGGCCAGCACUGAGUGCUGAUGGGAGUGCUGUCUUUGGUGCUGGUGAAGGGCCUAUCUGGCUGAACAGAGUGAAGUGUAGAGGGAAUGAGAUUCACCUGUGGGACUGUCCUCAUUCCCUGAAGAACCACACAGACUGCUCCCACAGGCAGGACGCUGGAGUCACCUGUGCAGAGAUAUCUGCACCUACCUCUACUGCACCCACAACAACAAUCACCACCUUCACCACCUCAGUUGUUCAGCCAUUGGAGAGAACAAACACUCCUUCACAAACUCCGUCCAUCUAUCUAAUCUCUCUCCUGGUUCUGGGAGUGCUGCUUUUCCUGACCUUAGUGCUUCUGGUUGUGUUGUUUUACCAGAACAGAGUGCUCAGGAGAGUGCUCUCUAAGAGGAGGCGCAAGACUGUGACUGAGGCAGUCUAUGAGGAGAUCGACCGCGUCACUAAAAGAAACGACUUGACACAAAGGAGAAGUAUCCUCUCUGAAGAGCAGCACUCAGGAUAUGAAGAUGUAGAUGAGGAGCUUCUCUCAGAAAAGUCUCUGACUGGAGUAAAGGCAGAAUAUUAUGAUGAUGUCACAACCAGAGGUCUGAAAAGUGAAUCAGAAAAAGAAGAAACAGCAGAGACCUAUGACGAUGUCUUCACUGCUGGACAGAUCUCUGAUAGUGUAGCAGAGGACAUAGCAGAGCAUUAUGAUGAUGUCAUCACUGCUGAUCAGAGCUCAGCUGUUGUAACAGAAGACAUAACAGAUAACUAUGAUGAUGCUGUUACUGCUGGACCAAACUCCAACAUUAUGACAGUGGACACACAAAAGAGCUAUGAUGAUGUAAUCCCUGCUAAAUAGGAUGUAGGAGGGGUAAAAGACUUUUAUGACGUGGAGAAGGAGCCUCAGACAGAGAUGAAUCAUGUUACUGAAAGAUCAUGGCCAGUGUCUUUCCUCUGGAACCUACAUUCAAACCUCUUCAAACGCAACAAGUGAUUUUGUUAUAGACCAUAAUACAUUUUUUUAAGGAGCAUAAACAUUGGGCUUCAUUCACCAAUAUCUUCCUAGGCUUUUGCUUAAAUUUGUUCUUGAGAAAGGUCUUAAGAAGAAGUUUGUCAGAUUCAUGACUGAAGAAUUUUUGCGCCUUUGUGCUUGUGUGUGUGUGCGUGUGUGUUCUGUUUUACCUAAGAACAAAUCCCAUUUACGAAAGCAUUGAUGAAUGUCAGAAUCUUUGUGAAAACUGUUUGUGUUCUUAAGAAUGGUUGGUGAGGCCCAUUGUUUAUUCUAGCUUUACAUGUGGUGUAAACACCCACAGAGGUAAAACAACUCUUAAAGUUUACCAAUCCAAAUGUCACAAACUGUCCUUUCACUUUUCAUCGCUUUCUUUGAAAACGAUAAGCCUUAGUGAGCUACACUCUCAAUACAGAUGUGUUAAAAGUAUGAAGUGUUAUUUUUUUAACACAGCUGCAGAAAAGUAGAACACAUUUUGUUACUAUUAAUGCUACCAGUGUGUUAUCAUAUUUAACAUAGGCAGUUACAGUCUGUGUUGUGUCUAUUUAGCACAUCAAAUUUUAUUAGAUGUAUGUUAGUAGAAAUAAUCCAUUUGCUACUAAAAUGUUUAAUUAUAGUUUAAGUUUAAGAAUGGUUUGGGCUGAAGACCUUAAAUAAAAGGGCUGUUCAUUUUCAUCAUAUAUUAUUAAAAAGAGUGAAGCUACAAAAAAUGUAGAGACAAGAAGUGAACUUUAAGUGCUGUUUUACUGUAGUACAUUUCUAUGACUGAGUUAUUUAACCCAUUGCUGUAUUAGAGACAGUUGUACUGUUGGCACCUAGAAACUGGCCAGACUGUUAUAAAUGUUUAAAAAUAGAUCAUAAAAAAGAUCAAUUGCCUAAUAUUGCAUUACAGUGUAGACAUGUUUCCGAGCUUUUUAUCUCUUAUUAUUUGCAAGUUUGUAAUGUUUGUGAUUAUUAUGAUGUGAUAUGCACACAACCUUAAUCACAGCUUCAA